UGUGUGUGAAAGAGAGAGAGAGAGAGAGAGAGAGAUAGAUGAAACCACACAUAUAUUUUUCCACACGUAAAUGGCUGAGUGGUUUCCAUCUUCCACUGUAGUACAGCAUGAUGAACUCUUAGGGCCGCUGUUGGCCAGCCUGUGUUAGGUGGGGGAUUAAAUCAGCAGUACCUCCCACAUCAUUUCAGACAGAGAACGAGAGAAAGACACAAGGAAUUGUACAGAAUACGAAGACCAGAGCUUCAAACGUUAAUUUUGAUGGAUACCCUUAUGUUACGUUUGUAAUUUACGACCUAAGUGGUGACUGUAUGCAACCCGAGGACAUAAAGGGAACAACCACUGAAGAACAUUCUGCUUUUUACAGGGAUAUUAAGCGGUUCAUUUUACAGGGACAUGACGGAUAGAACAAUGAGACGGCAAGUGCUGCUGUUUAUCUCGGUUCUCUAUUUCAGUUCAGUGAUUGGGCAGGUCAGCUAUUCCAUCCCAGAGGAAAUGCCAAAAGGCUUUUUCGUGGGUGAUAUUGCGCAAGAUUUGGGUUUGGAUGUGAAAAGAUUGGCAUCGGGUAAAGCUCGCAUUUAUACGGGAGACAGUGCAGAGUAUAUCGAGUUAAAUAAAGACAGAGGAGUCCUCCUCGUCAAAGACAGAAUAGACAGAGAGGUGAUCUGCGCUCAGACGUCGCCCUGUGCUUUGCAUUUCCAGGUUAUUUUAGAGAAUCCUAUGGAAUUUUAUAGCAUUACCGUCGAGAUUACAGAUAUUAACGACAACGCCCCGAUUUUUCAAAGAGGUGAAAUGAAAUUCAGAAUAAGUGAAUCAGCUUCAACAGGGGCAGUGUUCUUGUUGCAGCAGGCAAUAGAUCUGGAUGUUGGUGUGAAUGGCCUUCAGAGUUAUUUGUUAAAACCGACCGAUAACUUUAUUUUGAGGCUGCAAAAUCAAGCAGAUGGAAGCAAGAUGGUAGAAAUGGUUUUACAGAAACCUUUAGAUCGAGAAAAACAGGCUCAUUUGUCGCUCGUGUUGACUGCAGUCGACGGUGGUGAGCCACAGCUCUCUGGGACUGUUCAGGUCAAUGUAAAUGUGCUUGACAGUAACGAUAAUGCUCCAGUUUUUACGCAGAAAAUGUAUAAGUCCAUCAUAAGAGAAAAUUCACCUUUUGGAACGCAAGUAGUGAUUGUUAGUGCCUCUGAUUCAGAUGAAGGACCUAACGGCAAAGUAUCUUAUGCUAUACUAAAUCUACUCGACAAUGUGUCGGAGUUAUUUGAGAUAAACAGAGAGACCGGGGAAGUUACACUGAUUGGCAACACUGACUUUGAAAAAAAGCGACAAUAUCAAAUACAUGUCCAGGCCAGUGAUGAAGGAGGGCUUACUGACUCAUGUAAAAUCAUAGUGGAGAUAACUGACACAAAUGACAAUAUACCUGCUAUAAAUGUAAUGUCAAAGUCCAGUGCAAUAAAAGAGGACGUUCAGCCUGGCACUGUUGUGACAAUGAUAAAUAUUCAAGAUCCAGACGCUGGCAAAAAUGGAAACGUUCAAUGUUACAUUAACGAGAACAUUCCAUUCAAAAUUUCCUCAACGUCAAAUAAUUUUUUUAGUUUGACAACAGACAGUGAAUUAGACAGAGAGACAGCCUCUGAGUAUAAUAUAACUGUGACCUGCUCUGAUGAGGGAGUCCCCUCCCUCUCCAGCAGCGUCACUCUCACCUUACAGAUCUCUGAUGUUAAUGACAACGCUCCUGUCUUUGAGAGGAGCUCAUAUGAGGCCUACAUUGUAGAAAACAACACACCAGGUCUCUCUAUAUUCACAGUGAGAGCCAGAGACGCUGACUGGAACCAGAAUGCCCGUGUUUCUUACAUACUGGAGGACUCCUCUGUUAACGGAGUGCCAGUCUCCUCAUAUGUGUCCGUUAGUGCUGAUAGUGGAGUCAUUCAUGCAGUGCGCUCUUUUGACUACGAGCAGAUCAAAGAUUUCCAGUUCCGCGUCAAAGCUCAGGAUGGAGGCUCUCCUCCACUCAGUAGCAAUGUGACUGUGAAAAUUCUGAUCCAGGACCAGAACGACAACCCUCCUCAGGUUCUGUACCCAGUCCAGACUGGUGGCUCUCUGGUGGCUGAAAUGGUGCCUCGUUCAGCAGAUGUGGGCUAUCUGGUGACUAAAGUGGUGGCUGUUGAUGUGGACUCUGGACAGAAUGCCUGGCUCUCAUAUAAACUGCAGAAAGCCACAGACAGGGCGCUGUUUGAAGUUGGCUUACAGAAUGGAGAAAUAAGAACUAUCCGCCAAGUGACUGAUAAAGAUGCAGUGAAACAAAGACUGACUGUCAUAGUGGAGGACAACGGGCAGCCCUCUCGUUCAGCUACAGUCAUUGUUAAUGUGGCGGUGGCGGACAGCUUCCCUGAAGUACUGUCGGAGUUCACUGACUUUACCCAGGACAAGGAGUACAAUGACAACCUGACUUUUUACUUAGUGUUGGCUCUGGCUGUAGUUUCCUUCCUCUUCAUCACGUGUUUAGUGGUUAUUAUAUCAGUGAAAAUCUACAGAUGGAGACAGUCUCGCAUCCUGUAUCACUCCAAUCUCCCUGUGAUUCCAUAUUAUCCUCCACGUUACUCAGACACUCUGGGGACAGGGACUCUCCAACACGUGUACAAUUACGAGGUGUGCAGGACGACUGACUCCAGAAAGAGUGACUGUAAGUUCGGCAGAGCUGGUAGUCAGAACGUGCUGAUAAUGGACCCCAGUUCUACAGGGACGAUGCAGCGGAUACAGAGUGAAAAAAGCAUCCUGGAUGAACCAGACUCUCCUUUAGAGGUUAGUUAAAUAGUUUAGCACUGUCUGUACGCUUUAAUGUUUCUUUCAGUGUUUUCCAUCGAUAGUGAAGUGUUACACGAAUUUUGCAUUGUUUCACAUGGACUUUUACAUUUGAUAUAACACAGAAAACACUUCACCACCAUCACCAUGUUAUUAUGGUUUGUCACUGCCAUAUAUUUAAUCCUAUCUUCACAAUUGGCUUCGUAAACCAGGGUUUUUUUGUUCUCUUUUUCCUGCGGAAACUUGUGCCUUUUCUGUUUCUGUAUCAUCUCAGUCUAUACAGUCUAUCUACCAUGUACAUGUUACCCAGCACUUAUUAUUUAGACUCUGUGUAUCUUAAAAGAUUAUUCUAAGUCAUUGCAGCUAAUUUUUCUACUGCUGACAGCGCUCAGAAACGCGGCAUGUUCUUGCACAACCCCGUAUUCGCUGUUUGUGUAUGUGUGUGCGUUUGUGUGUUCAUAUAACCUGGACAAGCAUUACUUGUCUAGAAACAAGAUGGGACUUAUAUGUCAUCAGUAUUUGCACCAAAGCCAUGAAAGCUUAAAUACUGGUUUCUGAUUCACGUGGUGUGCCUUUAUAGGCAAGAUUCACUCCUCAAAACUGAUUUUA